AACUGAUCAAGUUCAUCAUCUGAUCGGUUUUUCCCCGUGAGCUUGAGCAAUAACCGUCCGUGACGUCAUUCCAUUUCCUCUUUGUGUGGGAAGUCGGUGAGGAGAAAAGACCUGCUGAUCAGCCAAUCAGCUGCCCGUCUGUCUCUCUGCGGGUUUAUUUUCUCCUCCUCCUCUGCUUCUCUCCAGCUUUUCUCCUCUUCCUCUUCUUCUCUCCACCGUUUCUCCUUCCUCUCCUCCUCUCCUCCUCCUCCUCCUCCUCCGCUCCGCAGCAGCGAUGCUCCCGCCGGGCCUGGCCGGCCUCGGCGCUCUGUCUGCGGACUGGCAGUAGAUCGGCAGGUCGGUGCAGGUCGCGUCUCUCCGUCAUGGUGCAGAAAUCCCGGAACGGCGGGGUGUUCCCCGGAGCGCAGGCCGACCAGAAGAAGCUGAAGGUCGGCUUUGUGGGUCUGGAGGCCGGGGGGACCGAGUCCAGCAGGGACGGAGCUCUGCUCAUAGCAGGUGGGGAGGAGGGUCCUCGGCGGCAGCGCAGCAGUGUCUCUGGAGGAAAGAAACCUCCGAAACGAAAUGCCUUCUACAGACGACUGCAGAACUUCCUGUACAACGUACUGGAGAGACCUCGAGGAUGGGCCUUCAUCUACCACGCCUAUGUGUUCCUGCUGGUGUUCUCCUGUCUGGUUCUGUCUGUGUUCUCCACCAUCAGGGAGUACGAGAAGAGUUCAGAGGAUGCUCUCUACAUUCUGGAAGUGGUGACCAUCGUGGUGUUCGGGGUGGAGUACAUGGUGAGGAUCUGGGCUGCAGGUUGCUGCUGUCGCUACCGAGGAUGGAGAGGGAGACUUAAAUUCGCCAGAAAACCUUUCUGUGUCAUUGACAUCAUGGUGUUGAUCGCGUCCAUCUCGGUGUUGGCUGCGGGGACUCAGGGGAACGUCUUUGCCACUUCAGCCAUCAGGUCGCUUCGUUUCCUUCAGAUUCUGAGGAUGAUCAGGAUGGACCGCCGGGGAGGAACCUGGAAACUGCUGGGAUCAGUCGUCUACGCUCACAGCAAGGAGUUGAUCACUGCGUGGUACAUUGGCUUCCUGUGUCUGAUUCUGGCAAGUUUCCUCGUUUAUUUGGCUGAAAAAGAAGACAAUGAACAGUUUGAGACGUACGCAGACGCCCUCUGGUGGGGACUGAUCACCUUGACAACCAUUGGCUAUGGAGACAAGUUUCCCAUCACCUGGAACGGGCGUCUUCUGGCUGCAACCUUCACUCUGAUCGGAGUUUCAUUCUUCGCUCUGCCUGCUGGGAUCCUGGGUUCUGGUUUUGCUCUGAAGGUUCAGGAGCAGCACAGGCAGAAACACUUUGAAAAGAGACGAAACCCAGCUGCUGGACUCAUACAGGCGGCCUGGAGGGUUUACGCCACAAACCUGAGCCGAACUGAUCUAACUUCAACCUGGGAUUAUUACGAGAGGACCGUCUCUGUCCCCAUGUACAGGCUGAUUCCGCCUCUCAAUCAGUUGGACUUAUUGAGGAACCUCAAGAACAAAUCAGGACUCUCAUUCAGGAAGGAGGUCCAGCCUGAACCAUCUCCCAGUCAGAAGGUCAGUCUAAAGGAGAGGGUCUUCUCGUCUCCUCGGAGCUCAGGAACCAAAGGAAAAGGUUCUCCUCAGCAUGUAGUUCCCACAGUCGGCCCCAGCGUUGCUCCUGGUGUGGGUCCUGGGGGGCUGGGGGGUGGCCAGGCCCUGCGACGGUCCCCCAGCAUGGAGCCCAGUCUGGAGGACAGUCCCAGCAAGGUUCCAAAGAGCUGGAGCUUCGGAGAACGUAGCAGAACCAGACAGGCCUUCAGGAUCCGAGGAGCUGCCUCCCGCCAAAACUCUGAAGUGCUGAUAGAGAUGCAGGAUGAAGAGUUCAGACAGAAGAGCUCCCCAGAGGCCAGCCUGCCAGGAGAAGAUAUGGCCGACGACAACAAAAGCUGCCACUGUGAGUUCGUCCCUCAGGAUCUGACCCCGGGGUUAAAGGUCACCAUCAGAGCCAUCUGUAUCAUGCGUUUCAUGGUGUCUAAGAGGAAGUUUAAGGAGAGUCUUCGUCCUUAUGAUGUCAUGGAUGUGAUUGAACAGUAUUCAGCCGGACACCUAGACAUGCUGGCCCGCAUCAAGAACCUCCAGUCAAGGGUGGAUCAGAUAGUAGGCAGAGGAACACCAAUCGCAGAUAAGGACCGUCCCAAAGCAGCCAAUGAGGAGCUUCCUGAGGACCCUAGCAUGAUGGGACGGUUGGGGAAGGUGGAGAAGCAGGUCCUGUCCAUGGAGAGAAAGUUGGACUUCCUGGUCAACAUCUACAUCCAGCGAAUGGGAAUCCCUCAGGCUGAGACCGACGCCUAUUUUGGGUCCAAGGAGCCGGACCCUGCCCCGCCCUACCACAGUCCGGUGGAUCAGCUGGAGAAGAGCCAGUCCAUUUCCAAGAUCCUGCAGGUGUUGCCUGGUGACCACGUUGAGAAGAAUCGUUUUGUGACGAAGAUGGUCCGUUCCAGCAGCUCCACCGGACACAGGAACUACAAUGCCCCCACCUGCCCGCCCUCCACCUCCUGGCAGCCAAUCAGCUCCCAGCUCCACCAGCAGGCCCCACCACCUCCCCAGCGUAGUCAAGGCAAAACUCCAAGUCCGGUGGGUGACGGGUCACUGGUUCGACUCCCACCUCCUCCGGCUGGAGAGAGGCAGGGCGGGAACCGAUCGAACCGGCACAGCACCGGAGACCGAGGUGGGGCAGAGAGACCAGAGAGGAGAGGAGAGGUCACUGGCGGGACCGAAGGAGGAGAGGAGGUGAAGCCGGACAGCGACACAUCCAUCUCCAUCCCGUCUGUAGACCAUGAGGAGCUGGAGCGCUCCUUCAGUGGCUUCUCCAUCUCCCAGUCCAGAGAAAACCUGGACUUCCUCAACAACGACUUCUACUCCUCCUCCGCCGACCUGGGAGACCACCGAGGAGGAGGACGAGGAGGAGGAGGCGGCACCUCCCGCUGCGCCAACGUCCGGCCCUACAUUGCAGAGGGGGAGUCGGACUCUGACUCGGAGCUCUGUGCCCCCUCGCCACACUCGGACCAGGCCUGGACCGGAACAAAGUAAGCUGAAGGUAAACUGGAACAGAACCAGCAGAACAGUUAAAAUAAUAAUUAGAAUGUGAAUGAAAACCAUGAAACUGUGAAAAAGGUCUUUAAACACCAGCUGGAGCUACAGAGUGAAGCAUCAUGGGAACUGUGAAAGGCGCAAAGCACUGGGUGUCACGGUGGUUUUUACCUGACCAGCAAAUGUUUGUUCUCACUGUCACUGAUUGGAUCACUACUGGGACAUGCUCACACCUGAUUGGUUCAUGGCUGGGAGACACUCACACCUGAUUGGUUCAUGGCUGGGAGACACUCACACCUGAUUGGUUCAUGGCUGGGAGACACUCACACCUGAUUGGGUCACUGCUGGGAGACACUCACACCUGAUUGGUUCAUGGCUGGGAGACACUCACACCUGAUUGGUUCAUGGCUGGGAGACACUCACACCUGAUUGGGUCACUGCUGGGAGACACUCGCACCUGAUUGGUUGCUUGUUUCCACGUUUAAGACAUUUGUAAACACUAUUAUCAGCGUCACAUAACCACAACUCACGAUUGCAUAUAAUCAUCACAUUUUAAAAUCUUGACACAAAGCAUCAUGGGAACAUGCAUGACAGGCUGACGUAUCACCAUGCCAACACACUGUUGUUUGUUUGAUGUCUCUAUUUCCUCUCCAGAGCUCAAACCCAAAAUCAUCCUGAGCUUUCAGCUGAAACCUGAACUUCUCUGCAGGGAGCUGUUGAACUGGCUCGAAGGUAAUGAAGGGAAAGCACUGUUUCUGCCCUCUCUACCUGAGAGCUAGAAUACACAAAUUUCAAUCUGCGUUCUGCCUUUAGAUAUUCUUCAGGUGAAAACAGACACAAACAAACUGUUUUUCCAGCUUCUUAGUUACUUGAAUUUAUUUAGAUUUAUUAUUGUUGAUAGUGAUUAAAUAUACUGUCAAUAUUAACAUUUAUUGAACAUUUACACUUGAUUCAAAAGUCACACCAAAUCACAUGAAUUCCACUAGCCAAAGCUGAAAUGGUAGUUACUGCCACCCUGCUAAGCUACUUAGCUUUCAACUGAACUAGCUGAAACAUUUUCAGCUGUCAUCUUUCCCUCUGUUUGUGCUGCCGGGAGAAUAUGGAUCUGUUUAUGCCCUCUCAAGUCUCUAAAAGUGUCUGCACGUUGUUCUCUCUGAACACUUUAAACACAGAGUUUAAUUUGCUGCUUUUACUGUAAUAAUCCUUAUAUAUGGCAGAUGGUCUUAUUUCAGAUUAUUUGUAUUGUUCAUGACAUGAAAGUGCUUUGUUGAAAUUACUGCGCAUGGUCAGUAUAGAUUUACAAUGAUACUGAAAUAGAUAGAAAUGAGUAUUGAAUCACCUUGAAGGACUUCGUCUGACGUGAGGCGUCCAUGUUUGGGUGUUUCAUGGAAACACAUGACGUGAACACAGCAUUUUUACAUCACAAUCAAGUUGCCAUAGAAACAUGAGUAUGUACAGUAUGAUGUAUUCAUCACCAACUGUUAAUUAUAAUAUAAUUAAUAUUCAUUCAUAAAUCCAAAGAGUUGAUUAAAUAAAACAGAGACAGGAAUGUACAAGACUUCUUUGUUGACAGACAGAAGCAGAUCCGUCCAGCAGAGGACAGUCAGGAGGAUCACCAAAAUAAGUCUCUUUACUCCCUGCCCUGCCUUUCCCUUCCCUGCCACACCCUGACCCGCCCUGCCCUUCCCUGCCCUUCCCUGCCGCGCUCUCCCCCACCCUAACCUGUCCUACCCUGCUCCGCCCUGCCCUGCCCUGCCCUGCCCUGCCCUGCCUUUCCCUUCCCUGCCGCGCCCUGCCCUGCCGCGCCCUGACCCGCCCUGCCCUUCCCUGCCGCGCUCUCCCCCACCCUAACCUGUCCUACCCUGCUCCGCCCUGCCCUGCCCUGCCUUUCCCUUCCCUGCCGCGCCCUGCCCUGCCUUUCCCUUCCUUGCCGCGCCCUGACCCGCCCUGCCCUUCCCUGCCGCGCUCUCCCCCACUCUAACCUGCCCUGCCCUGCCCCACCCUAACCUUUCACGCCCUGACCUGCCGUGCCCCUGCCCUUAACCCUGAUAACAUUUCACUUCACAGUUCAGAUAAAAAUCAAGUUGUAUUUAAAUCAAUGUACUUAAAAUGUGUUUUGGAGAGAAAUUGGUACAAAUAAAUCUUAAAUCUUGUUUCUGCAGCUCAGACUGUAACACACAAACUGUAUCUUUGUAAACAAUGUUACCUGUUUGAUUGUAUUUCAAUAUUUAUUAAAAACCUUUAACCACAAUAA